UAUGGAAAAUCAUUGGAGUGGGGAGAAAUUGGUUUUGGGGUAUAUUUAUUUUGAACUACAAUUAGUUGCUAGUGUUUAAUUGAAGCAGCGGGCCAUCAGCUUCUUUGUGCAAUGUUCUAGAGUUCGCUUAACAACGCCACGUUCGCCGAUUGUUUCGAGUUUAGUUUCGGUAGCCGAUAAUUCGAUGGAUUUUCGCCUUUUCUCGACUGAAAAACACAGACAACCCGACGUCGGACAUAAAUAAAAAACUGUGGGUGCCAGGUGGGUGGUGUUUUGCUGCUGGAAGUCGAGCUCCCCUAAAACAACUUGGAGGGAAAACACCAGCCAGCGCCGGAAAGGCAAUAAAACUUAAUUUCCCUGACAGAAGUACGAUAAAAACGCACAGGAGAGAUGAAAAUCCAUUUUCGGGAACAGUACGGAAGGAAGGGUGAGGAAAUCCUCUAUGUGACGCCAGCAGAUCAGAGCAACAUCGUUAGGGUUCCGCUGUGUGGCGAUAAGCUGGUCAUCCAGGAGAAGUUCCUGCUUUUCCGCGUGCUGCAAAAGGUCUUCCUGCCCAAGGGCUAUCCGGAUAGUGUGAGCGAGGAUUAUGCGGCAUAUCAGAUCUGGGACACGGCUCAGGCCUUUUGCAGCACCAUCUGCGGCACCCUGUGCACCCAUGCCAUCCUGAAGGGAAUCGGCGUGGGCAGUGAGAACAUCAAUGCGUUUUCCGCCACGGUCACCUGGAUUUUGAAGGAGGGCAGCGGACAUGUAGGCCGAAUACUCUUCGCCUGGUGGCAAGGCUCUCAAUUGGAUGUCGACUCGAAGAAGUGGCGUUUGCGGGCCGAUUUCCUUAACGAUCUGGCCAUGGGCAUCGAGAUCUAUGUGCUUCCCAAGUAUCCGCAUUUCAGCACCCAAAUCCUGUGCUGUUCCACAAUGCUCAAGGCGAUUGUGGGCGUGGCAGGAGGAGCUACUAGAUCGGCGUUGACCCAGCACCAUGCCUUGCGUGGCAAUCUGGCGGAUGUGGCCUCCAAGGAUAGUUCGCAGGAGACGUGCGUGAAUCUGGUGGCCUCCUUUGUGGGACUGUAUCUCCUAACGCUGAUCAAGAGUCAGGCUGUCCUCUACACCGUCUUCUCCGUGGUAGUCAGUCUGCAUCUAUACGCCAAUCUCAAGGCGGUACGCGCGGUUUGUCUGCGAACCUUCAACGAAUCGCGCUAUUUGAUUGCUCUAGAGGAGUUCUUUCGGUCAUCAAGGAUGCUCAGUCCACAGCAGGUCAACGCAAUGGAGCGGGUCACAGUUGGAAAGACGGUUUCCGUGUCACUGAACAUUAAGUUGGGACUGAGCGUAAAGAAUAUGAUUGACGAGUAUAAGAGCAGCAGCGUCAUUGAAAACAUAGUAUCCUCCUUUGAUCCCCACGAGCACUUUAUCAUAGCGGAGACCAAAAAAUGUUUGGGCGUGUAUCUGCACUUUGAAACGCGUCCGCAGGAUGUGCUCAAGGCUUACUUCUUUGCAGUGUCCUAUCUGCAGAUCAAGGAGAAGUACUGGGACAUACAGACCAAGUGGCAGGAGUUUCUGGCGCUGGCGCAGCAGGAAGGUUGGCUUGUCCAUCAGCAUUUGCUACUGGUGGACGAGUUCCGUUUGGACUGGAAGGUGUAGAAGGAUGCUGACUCUCAAUGCUUGAGUUCCAACUGAUUUGCUUGCUUUGACCUGUACAAUUGAUUUCAUUCGGUCUUCAUUAUCAUUCUCACAUAUCUCCCAUGGCUACCAUUGAUAUUAACUAAGUGCUAUUGAUAUUUACCUAGAUUUAGCUUUGUGAAACUCGUUCGCACUCGAACAUCUUCCAUCUAACUCUGCCUUAGCACAAAUUAAUGUUUGUAACCGAUAUUUGAUAAGAUAUUUACCCCUGCUUUUACCCAUGAAUUUAUCGGAAGGCAUUAUUUCAAUUACUAGCUGCUAAUAAGACUAGAAGGGAAACGAAAAGAAACACAAGAAUCUAUUUUGUAAGGACUUAUUGUAUGUAAGCUUUUCGAUAUAUCGAGAGCUAUUGUACUUUUUAGAUCAUAAUCAAGGAAAAUCUCACAACGAAACUACGGAAAAACCAGCAAAUGCAUUCUGGGCAAAAAGUGUACAAAGUUUUAAGCUUCUUUUAUGACAAACGUGCAAUAUUUAUUUAAUUAUUAGCUUCGAAUAUCUAGAACUAAGUUGGCGUCCAUUUUAGCUUAACCAUAAUGCUUUUCAAUUAAUGCAAUACAUGAACUAUGUGCAUACCGUCUCACCACGCAAAUGAUUUUAAUGAAACAAAUGAAUAAAAAUAAA